UACCGCCCGGCCGAGCGUCUGAGCCGCCCCGGCCCGGAGCGCAGGCGGCGAGGCCACCGCACCUGCAGCGUGCUCGGGCUGCCGAGCCGGCACCUCGCCUCCCGCCGCCCGACCUCCUUCUCCCCACGCGUCGGGUCUCCCAUGACGCCCGAGCUCCCCGGUCGGCGACAAUGACCACUUCCCUGCAAGAUGGGCAGAGCGCCGCGGGUCGGGCGGCUGCCCGGGACUCGCCGCUGGCCGCCCAGGUGUGCGGCGCUGCCCAGGGGAGGGGCGACGCCCGCGACCUGGUGCCGGCACCCUGGCUGCACGCGCGGGCGCUCCUGCCCCCUCCGGACGGGACCCGCGGCUGUGCUGCAGACAGGAGAAAAAAGAAAGAUCUUGAUGUUCUGGAAAUGCCAUCUAUUCCAAACCCUUUUCCUGAGCUAUGCUGCUCUCCAUUUACAUCUGUGUUGUCAGCAGGCCUGUUUUCCAAAGCAAAUUCAAGGAAAAAACAGGUAAUUAAAGUAUACAGUGAAGAUGAAACCAGCAGGGCUUUAGAGGUACCCAGUGACAUAACUGCCCGAGAUGUUUGCCAGCUGUUGAUCCUGAAGAAUCAUUACAUUGAUGACCACAGCUGGACCCUUUUUGAGCACCUGCCUCACAUAGGUCUAGAAAGAACAAUAGAAGACCACGAGCUGGUGAUUGAAGUGCUAUCUAACUGGGGAAUGGAAGAAGAAAAUAAGCUAUACUUUAGAAAAAAUUAUGCCAAAUAUGAAUUCUUUAAAAACCCAAUGUAUUUUUUUCCAGAGCAUAUGGUGUCUUUUGCAACUGAAACCAAUGGUGAAAUAUCCCCCACACAGAUUUUGCAGAUGUUUCUGAGUUCAAGCACAUAUCCUGAAAUCCAUGGCUUCUUACAUGCAAAAGAACAGGGAAAGAAGUCCUGGAAAAAGAUUUACUUCCUUUUAAGAAGAUCCGGUUUAUAUUUUUCUACUAAAGGGACAUCAAAGGAACCACGGCAUUUGCAGUUUUUCAGCGAAUUUGGCAAUAGUGAUAUUUAUGUGUCACUGGCAGGCAAAAAAAAACAUGGAGCACCGACUAACUAUGGAUUCUGCUUUAAGCCUAACAAAGCAGGAGGGCCUCGAGACCUGAAAAUGCUCUGUGCAGAAGAAGAGCAGAGUAGGACGUGCUGGGUGACCGCGAUUAGAUUGCUUAAGUAUGGCAUGCAGCUGUACCAGAAUUACAUGCAUCCAUAUCAAGGUAGAAGUGGCUGCAGUUCUCAGAGUAUAUCACCCAUGAGAAGUAUAUCAGAGAAUUCCCUGGUAGCAAUGGACUUCUCAGGCCAGAAAAGCAGAGUUAUAGAAAACCCCACUGAAGCCCUUUCAGUUGCAGUUGAAGAAGGACUAGCUUGGAGGAAAAAAGGAUGUUUACGCCUGGGCACUCAUGGUAGCCCCACUGCGUCUUCACAGAGCUGUGCCACAAACAUGGCUAUCCACCGGUCCCAACCAUGGUUUCACCACAAAAUUUCCAGAGAGGAAGCUCAGCGAUUGAUCAUUCAGCAAGGCCUAGUAGAUGGAGUUUUCUUGGUACGGGAUAGUCAGAGCAACCCCAAAACGUUCGUACUGUCAAUGAGUCAUGGACAAAAAAUAAAGCACUUUCAAAUUAUACCAGUGGAAGAUGAUGGUGAAAUGUUCCACACCCUGGAUGAUGGGCACACAAGAUUUACGGAUCUAAUCCAGCUGGUGGAGUUCUAUCAACUCAAUAAGGGCGUUCUUCCUUGCAAGCUGAAACAUUAUUGUGCUAGGAUUGCACUUUAGCCAAACGAGAAGUGACUUGUUAAACUGCUGAAGAAAAAGGACUCAAGAAAAAGAAAGACCAUAAAUAAGGGUGAAAGCAUUGCCAUAGUGAAAAGAAUCUAUUUCUCUUACAAGUUACAAAAAAUAGUUCGUGCAUUACAAAUAAGUAAAGAUUUGGAUUGACAUUACCUUCAUCAUUUAAAUAUCAAUUAGUUAAAAUUAAACCUCCGAAAAAAAAAUAAUCUGGUGUGUUCUUGUGUGAUUUUCCAUUACUAUAAUAUUUUCUUCAAAUAUGCACAUUUUAAACAUCUUUCUGUCCUUAUUUACUAUAGCAACAUUAGAAUUCUCAACCACAAAAUAUGAAAAAAAGUUGGGGCUCAGAAUGAAUUAUUUGUGGACUGAAUUUCAAUUAACUACUGGUUUUGUAACUUAAGAAGUAUGAUAAAAACUUGAGUUAACAAUUAAAAGAAGCUACUCACAACCUGUUAAUAAAACUAAAAACUAUUUUGAACUGUAUAUUUUCUGAGUUUAUUAUAACCUUAAAAUCAAGUCAUAUUUUGAAAUAGCAGCUUAAAAUUAUUUUGAGGUAUUGAUAUAUUGAUUUUUUUUCAGGAUGACUUUUAUUACAUGUUAAAUUAUUAAUUAUACUAUAAUAUUUACACUGAUAUUGUACCUAUUCGUGACAGGUUAUUCACUGCAUUUUUUUUCAUUCACUUAAGGAUUGACUGGAACUAUCUACUUGUUUUUAAGGAAAUGAUUAAAAUAUAGAGGGGAUUUAUAUAAUUUGCACAUGCUUUCUCAUGGCAUGUAAUCUGUCACAGUGUAACAUUUUUCACAUUAAUAUUUCACAUUUGCCCCACGCUGUAACUU